AUGAAACCCAACAGAGGUAAUAGAGAAGGAGGUAAAGGCAUAAGUAGAGGAAGAGGCAAUGUUGCUCAAGCCCCUGUUUACCCAAAUUCACAAGAAAGUGUGACAAGAGGUAAUGGACAAGGAGUCUUACCAUCUUCACAUAUUGGCUUAGGAAGAGGUUUACCAUCUUCAAAGCUAAGUGCAAUUAGAGGAAGAGGCUUGGGAAGAGGCAUAAGUGGAGGAAGAGACUUAGGAAGAGGCUUACCAUCUUCACGAUCAACUGUGGCAAGAGGAAGGGGACAAGGAGGACCAGUUUUGGACAACAUUUUCCAUGAUAAUAACAUGGCCUCAAUAUAG